AAAGGUGGCGAGUGGCAGAUGGCGCUGUACUUGCUGUCGCAGAUGGCUUCAGCCCGAGUUGGGGCGAACGAGAUCAGCUUCAGUGCCUGCAUCAAAUCCUGUGGCACAGCCCGCAUCUGGGAGCUGGCCUUGUGCCUUUUUGCGUCGCUAAGGGGGAACCAGCUACAGCCAGAUGCAGCUUCGUAUGGGCAAGCCAUAGACGCAGCUUGGCCCGAGGCUGUCGUUUUCGAGCUUUUUGAUCAAGCCAUGCGGGACCAGACGUGGCCAGACAUGUUGCAGAGAGGUGGAUCUGGGCUUGAUCUGCAUUACCACUCCUGUGGGUCAGCGAUUCUUGCGGUGUCGUGGUGGCUUGCAGAGGUUGUCCCGAAGCAGCUUACCCGGACGCUCGGACACGAACCGAGUUCGCUCGAAGUCAUCACAGGCUGGGGGAAAUCCCGCAUGCCCUGGCAACCUGCUGGCUCAGACCUCCAGGUUUCAGUGCGCAGAUUGUUGGAUGAGCGUGCUAUCCCCUGCAAGAUCCACCCGCAGAAUCGCGGGCUUUUACAGCUUGAUCUUCGAGGAAUCGACCCGCGACAGCUUCGUGCACUGUACCCAUCCUCAGCGAAAUCCCCGAGACAGUGA